ACUAUAUUAAUAUCUACCUACUGCUUCGUUUUAUGUCUUGACUUCUCCUUUGUUUUUCCUCCUUGGGGGUUACCUAAAACAGUAGCUAGGUCCUGGAACCUCCCGGCAUUGCUAUUAUCUUCAUCGCGAUCGUCGUCACUAUUAUCAUCGCGUAGUUCUUAUCACAUAGUGCCAGUACCUAUUAACAAGAAUGUCAUCGUCGAAACUCCAUACGAAACCUCCAACGCUCGAGGCCUUUGCCCGCUGGGCUCGCCUGAAGAAAUAUCGCAUCGAGGUCACCUAUGGCGUCUAUGUCUACACACCAGUAGAGAAGGCCGUCUUCUGGACCAUAUUCUGCUUGCUGUUUACCGCCAUCUCCUUCGCCGCCCUUGUAUACACCAAACGGAACGUCACCUUGCUCCUGAAAUACGCGUCCAUCUACGUGAACCGUGAUGGCGGCGCUACUAGUGCAGUAUCCAACCUCUUCCCCAGGACUCACACCGCAUUAUCGCUCUCAGAGCAGGGCAUAAAGUCGCUCGCAGAGACGAUGGGCAGCGCAACAAACUCCCAGAUCCCGUAACCGUCCGAAUAGACAAUUCUGGCAUGAAUUGUCUAUUCAGUAGGGGGUAUCGUUGGAAGUACCGAGGAAAGUGAAUGCUGCAACACUCGUUGAGGAAAAAAGCCGGAGUUUGGAGAAGGGAGGGGCUGGGUGUAGUCAGAUGCGGAACUACCGAUCCAACAGCGU